AUGGUGUCCCUCGAGGAGCUCCCCACAGCUGUCCUGCUCGAGAUCUUUGGUUGGCUGUCGCCAUCUGACCUAGGUCUCUUGCUACGCGUAUGCCGUCGAUUCUACGGCAUCGUCAGCACCCACGGAUCAUUAUAUCGCGAUGUGUUUCUGACAUUUCUCGAUGCACCUCAACGCCGAAAUGUCAACUGGAUGCAGGAAAUCCGAGAUAUUGCCCGAUUAAAGAGUAUCUGCAGCAAGAAAUACACCAAGAAGGACGAAGACCAUGUGCUGGUCUGCUCCACGAUCCUUAAGCUCCUCAAAGAUGCCACGCCUCGGCCUGGAGGCCAAGCACCCCGACAACUUCCCACCCACCUGCCGUCCUAUAACGUCGACUUCCUCUCCUCGUUGUUCAAGGACCAAAACAUCCUCCGCAAGUACAUGUGCCGUUCGUCACUCUACCAUGGCACGUCAAUUGGCCAGCGCAGUCGAGGGUCGUCAAACGACCCACUCAUCCAGCUCAGCGCUAAAUUGCAUUGCCACUACGGCAAGCCCGCCGAGAAGCCCAUCGUGCCUGCUGUGGCUUCCCUCGGUGAACCGUACGACUUUGCCUGCGCCAAGGUGUAUAACCUAAGACACUACACGGCCGAGUCUUUCUGGGGUCCGUUCAAGGACGACGGCAGCGGUGAGGUCGACUGGGAAAAGGUCGAGGCGUCCAUGGUCGUCAUGGCCGUCAAGACGUCGAGGGACAAGGCCAGCCUGUGGACCAUGCCAUGGCGUGAGCCGUUCGCCGGCGCAUACGCGCAGAGCUACGCCAGUCCCCAUCCGAGGAAAGAGCUAGAACCGUUGGACCCCACAGAUCCGUACGGGAUCUCGGGCACUUGGAUGAGGCUGAUUUGCUUCCUCAAUUGGGGCGAUCUCCAAAUGUACAACUUCACGAGGAGGCCGGAAACUCUCAGGAGCAACCUCAAGUCCCUCUUCUACGACCAAGGCGUUUCACACAUGGUUAUGAGCCUAAAGGUCACGGCCAUGGAAGAGCCUGGCCCAGAUGACUCACCCGAUCUGCCAGUCGUGCACUUUACUGGGUUCGCGAGGCAUCUCUACCACCCGAAUGACCCGGAUAUUUCCUCGGAUAUUCAAGGAACUUGCCGACUCACAAAGGAGGGCGAGGCUCGCUGGACGACCGUCUCCACCUUCAACAGCAACCCCAGAUGGAAGACCGAAUGCGUCCAGAUUGGCGGCGUCCGAGCGGCGGGUCCGGUCGUUGGAAAUUGGUUCUCUGCAGAUUAUGACGCACGUGGUCCGGUCGGCCCGCUGGCAUUCUGGAAGCUCUCGGAUCGAGACGUCUGGGAUGUCGAGGCCAAGGACGUCUUCCCCAAGGUGUUGGCGAACGUCUUUGACCGAGCCUUCCGCCCGGUUACGGGAUAG